AAGAGGGAGGAGAGAGAGAGAGAGAGAGAGAGAGAGAGGAAAAAAGCGAAAAGUGAGAAAGAAGCGAACUUGUGUGCAGUUGCUGUGGACCAAUAAGUGAAGUUUGGAGCGCAGCGACACGGAUCCACAUUAAGUCUCUGGAGUUUCUUUCACACCGAACCCCGAGCGUCUGCACCUGGAUCAGCAGCAAAUAUGUCGGCGGCUGACAAGUUCCUGUACGUGGACCGUAAUCUGGUCAACAACCCUCUGGCGCAAGCCGACUGGGCCACAAAGAAGCUGGUGUGGGUUCCGUCUGAGCGUCUGGGGUUCGAGGUCGGCUCGAUUCGGGAAGAGCACGGCGAUGAGGUGGUGGUGGAGCUCUCCGACUCGGGGAAGAAAGUGCGGGUCAACAAAGACGACAUCCAGAAGAUGAACCCGCCCAAGUUCAGUAAAGUGGAGGACAUGGCCGAGCUGACGUGCCUGAACGAAGCGUCUGUGCUGCACAACCUGAAGGAGCGAUAUUACUCCGGCCUGAUCUACACAUACUCAGGGCUCUUCUGUGUGGUUAUUAACCCGUACAAGAAUCUGCCCAUCUACUCUGAGGAGAUCGUGGACAUGUACAAAGGCAAAAAACGACACGAGAUGCCUCCUCACAUCUAUGCCAUCACAGACACGGCCUACAGGAGCAUGAUGCAGGACCGUGAGGACCAGUCCAUUCUGUGCACGGGUGAAUCUGGUGCUGGAAAAACGGAAAACACCAAGAAGGUCAUUCAGUAUCUGGCACACGUGGCUUCGUCUCACAAAACCAAGAAAGAUCAGAACAGCUCAAUCCUGUCGCAUGGGGAGCUGGAGAAACAGCUUCUGCAGGCCAAUCCCAUCCUGGAAGCCUUCGGAAACGCCAAGACCGUGAAGAACGACAACUCGUCUCGAUUCGGCAAGUUCAUCAGAAUCAACUUCGACGUGAACGGAUACAUCGUCGGAGCCAAUAUCGAGACUUACCUGCUGGAAAAGUCCCGUGCGAUCCGUCAGGCCAAAGAAGAGAGAGCCUUCCACGUGUUCUACUACAUGCUGACGGGUGCAGGAGAUAAACUGCGCUCCGAGCUGUGUCUGGAGAGCUAUAACAACUACCGUUUCCUGUCCAACGGGAACGUGACCAUCCCGGGACAGCAGGACAGAGACCUGUACAUGGAGACGAUGGAGUCCAUGAGGAUCAUGGGAUUCUCUGAGGAAGAGAUGACUGGUCUCUUGAGGGUUGUGUCUUCUCUUCUUCAGCUGGGAAACAUGAGUUUUAAGAAAGAGCGUCACUCGGACCAGGCGUCUAUGCCUGAUGAUACAGCUGCGCAGAAGGUCUGUCAUCUGAUGGGGAUGAGCGUGACAGAUUUCACUCGCGCCAUCCUCUCGCCGCGUAUCAAAGUGGGUCGUGACUACGUUCAGAAGGCUCAGACGCAGGAGCAGGCGGAGUUUGCCGUGGAGGCGUUGGCCAAAGCCUCAUACGAGAGGAUGUUCCGCUGGCUGGUGAUGCGCAUUAACAAAGCUUUGGAUAAAACCAAACGUCAGGGCGCAUCAUUCAUCGGCAUCCUGGACAUCGCCGGCUUUGAGAUCUUUGAGUUGAACUCAUUCGAGCAGUUGUGCAUUAACUACACCAACGAGAAGCUCCAGCAGCUCUUCAAUCACACCAUGUUCAUCCUGGAGCAGGAGGAGUAUCAGCGUGAGGGCAUCGAGUGGAGCUUCAUCGACUUCGGUCUCGACCUGCAGCCCUGCAUCGACCUCAUCGAGAAACCUGCGAGUCCUCCGGGUAUCUUGGCUCUUCUGGAUGAAGAAUGUUGGUUCCCUAAAGCCACAGACAAGAGUUUCGUGGAGAAGGUGGUGCAGGAACAGGGAACUCAUCCUAAAUUCCUCAAACCCAAGAAACUGAAGGACGAUGCGGAUUUCUGCGUACUUCAUUACGCUGGAAAGGUGGAUUAUAAAGCAGACGAGUGGCUGAUGAAGAACAUGGAUCCUCUGAAUGAUAAUGUGGCCACACUGCUCAACCAAUCCACAGACAAGUUUAUUUCAGAGCUGUGGAAGGACGUGGAUCGUAUCGUGGGUCUGGAUAAGGUGGCCGGGAUGUCCGAGCUGCCGGGAGCGUUUAAGACGCGUAAGGGAAUGUUCCGGACGGUCGGGCAGCUCUACAAGGAGCAGUUGUCCAAACUCAUGGCCACUCUCAGAAACACAAACCCAAACUUUGUCCGCUGUAUCAUUCCAAACCACGAGAAAAAGGCGGGUAAACUGGAACCAUAUCUGGUCCUGGAUCAGUUGAGGUGCAACGGUGUUCUGGAGGGCAUCAGGAUCUGCAGACAGGGAUUCCCCAAUCGCAUCGUCUUCCAGGAGUUCAGACAGAGAUAUGAGAUCCUCACACCCAGCUCCAUUCCUAAAGGAUUCAUGGAUGGGAAACAGGCCUGUGUGCUGAUGAUCAGAGCUCUGGAGCUGGAUCCCAACCUGUUCCGGAUCGGACAGAGUAAAGUGUUUUUCCGUGCCGGAGUUCUGGCGCACCUGGAGGAGGAGCGCGACAUGAAGAUCACCGACGUCAUCAUCAACUUCCAGGCCUGGUGCCGCGGUUACGUCGCCCGCAAAGCGUUCGCUAAGAGACAACAGCAGCUGACGGCCAUGCGGGUCAUUCAGAGGAACUGCGCCGCCUACCUGAAACUCAGAAACUGGCAGUGGUGGAGACUCUUUACCAAAGUGAAGCCUCUGCUCCAGGUCAGCAGACAGGAAGAGGAGAUGCUGGCCAAAGACGACGAACUCAACAAAGUCAAAGAGAAACAAGUGAUGGCUGAACAACAACUGCAGGAGUUGGAAGUCAAACAACAUCAGCUGAGCAUAGAGAAGCAAGCCCUUCAGGAGCAGCUGCAGGCCGAGAUGGACCUGUGCGCCGAGGCCGACGAGAUGAGGAACCGACUCGUGGCCAAGAAACAAGAGCUGGAGGAGAUCCUUCAUGACCUGGAGGCACGUGUGGAGGAGGAGGAGGAGCGCGCCAAUCACCUGCAGGCCGAGAAGAAGAAGAUGCAGCAGAACAUCACUGAUCUGGAGCAGCAGCUGGACGAGGAGGAAGCCGCCCGGCAGAAACUGCAGCUGGAGAAGGUGACGAUGGAGUCCAAGAUGAAGAAGACCGAGGAGGAGCUGAUGCUGUUCGAGGAUCAGAACAACAAGCUGAUUAAGGAGAAGAAACUGUAUGAAGAACGGAUCUCCGAGUUCACAUCCAACCUUGCCGAGGAGGAGGAGAAGUCCAAGAGUCUGCAGAAGCUGAAGAACAAACACGAGGCCAUGAUCACGGAUCUGGAGGAUCGUCUGCGGAGAGAGGAGAAACAGAGGCAGGAGCUGGAGAAGAACCGCAGGAAACUGGAGGGCGACUCCACCGAGCAACACGACCAGAUCGCUGAACUGCAGGCGCAGAUCGCUGAACUCCGCGCUCAACUCGCCAAAAAAGAGGAGGAGCUUCAGGAGGCACUAGCCAGGAUUGAAGAGGAAGCGGCUCAGAAGAAUCUGGCUCAGAAGAAGAUCCGCGAGCUGGAGGCUCAGCUCAGUGAACUUCAGGAGGAUCUGGAGCUGGAGAGACUGGCUCGAGUCAAAGCCGAGAAACACCGGCGAGAUCUGGGCGAGGAGCUGGAGGCGCUCAAGACUGAGCUGGAGGACACGCUGGACUCAACCGCCGCUCAACAAGAGCUCAGGUCGAAGCGUGAGACAGAAGUGGCUCAUCUGAAGAAGAGUCUGGAGGAUGAAGCUAAAGUUCACGAGCAGCUGGUGGCCGACAUGAGACUGAAACACGGUCAAGCCUUCGAUGAGCUCAAUGAACAACUGGAGCAGGUCAAGAGGAAUAAAGUGUCUAUGGAGAAGACGAAGCAGGCUCUGGAGUCAGAGAGGAACGAGCUUCAGAUCGAGCUGCAGACGCUCAUGCAGGGUAAAGGAGAUUCUGAACAACGCAGGAAGAAAGCCGAGACACAACUUCAGGAGCUGCAGAUCAAACACAGUGAGAGCGAGAGACAGCGACUGGAAAUGUCCGAGAAAAUGUCCAAGAUGCAGAUGGAGCUGGACAACGUCACCGGUCUGUUAAACGAGAUCGAGGGCAAAUCCAUCAAAGCCACAAAGGAUUGUUCCGCCGUUGAGUCUCAGCUGCAGGACGUGCAGGAAGUCCUGCAGGAGGAGACGCGGCAGAAGCUGACUCUGAACACUCGUCUGAGGCAGCUGGAGGACGAGCAUCACGGUCUGAAGGAGCAGCUGGAGGAGGAAGAGGAGGCCAAGAGAAACCUUGAGAAACAGAUGGGCGCCCUGCAGUUUCAGCUGGUCGAGAUGAAGAAGAAAAUGGAACAGGAAGUGGGUUCUCUUGAGAACGCAGAGGAAACCAAGAAGCGCGUUCAGAGAGACCUUGAGGCUGUCUCGCAGCGUCUGGAGGAGAGGAACUCCGCCUUUGACAAACUGGACAAGACCAAGACCCGUCUGCAGCAGGAGCUGGACGACAUGGUCGUGGACCAGGACCACCUGCGACAGAUCGUCUCCAACCUGGAGAAGAAGCAGAAGAAGUUCGAUCAGAUGCUGGCUGAGGAGAAGUCCAUCUCCGCUCGCUACGCCGAGGAGCGUGACCGCGCCGAGGCCGAAGCUCGUGAGAAAGAGACCCGCGCGCUGGCGCUGGCCCGAGAGCUGGAGACCCUGAGGGACAUGAAGGACGAGCUGGACCGCAGCAGCAAACUGCUCCGCGCCGAGAUGGAAGACCUGGUGUCCUCCAAAGACGACGUGGGCAAGAGCGUGCACGAGCUGGAGAAGUCCAAGCGAGGGAUGGAGCAGCAGCUGGAGGAGAUGAGGACACAGCUGGAGGAGCUGGAGGAUGAGCUGCAGGGCACUGAAGAUGCCAAACUGCGUCUGGAGGUCAACAUGCAGGCCAUGAAGGCGCAGUAUGAGAGAGAUCUGCUGGGCCGAGACGAGCUGGGAGAGGAGAAGAAGAGACAGCUGAUCAAACAGGUUCGCGAGAUGGAGAUGGAGCUGGAGGACGAGCGCAAACAGCGUGCUCUCGCCAUGGCGGCGCGUAAGAAGAUGGAGCUGGAUCUGAAGGAUCUGGAGGCGGCCAUCGACCAGGCCAACAAGAGCCGUGAUGAGGCUCUAAAACAGCUGAAGAAAGUGCAGGUUCAGAUGAAAGAUCUGCUGCGGGAGCUGGACGACACGCGUCUGUCCAGAGAAGAGAUUCUGGCUCAGAGCAAAGAGAACGAGAAGAAGGUGAAGAGCAUGGAAGCAGAGAUGAUCCAGAUGCAGGAGGAGCUGGCGGCCGCCGAGCGCGCCAAGAGACAAGCGCAGCAAGAGAGAGACGAACUUCAGGAUGAGAUGAACAAUCUGUUGUCUAAAGGAGCUCUGGGCUCAGAGGAGAGGAGGCGUCUGGAGUCUCGUAUCGCUCAGCUGGAGGAGGAGUUAGAGGAGGAGCAGAACAACACUGAGCUGGUGAACGACCGUCUGAAGAGAUCUCUGCUGCAGGUGGAUCAGACCAACGUGGAGCUGACGGCCGAGCGCAGUACCUCUCAGCGUCUGGAGGGGGCGCGCUCACAGAUGGAGCGGCAGAACAAGGAGAUGAAGCUCAAACUCACCGAGCUGGAGGGAGCCGUCAAGAGCAAGUACAAGGCCACCAUCGGUGCCCUGGAGGCCAAGAUCAGCCAACUGGAGGAGCAGCUGGAUGUCGAGACCAAAGAGAGACAGCAGGCGUCCAAGCUGGUGCGUCGUGCCGAGAAGAAGCUGAAGGAGGUGAUUCUGCAGGUGGACGAUGAGAGACGCAGCUCGGAGCAGUUUAAAGAUCAGGCCGACAAGUUGAACAGCCGCAUGAAGCAGCUGAAGCGACAGCUGGAGGAGUCGGAGGAGGAGGCGCAGCGGGCGAACGCCAACCGCAGGAAACUGCAGAGAGAGCUGGAGGACGCCAGCGAAUCGGCCGACGCCAUGAACCGCGAGGUCAACACUCUGAAGAACAAACUUAGGCGUGGCGGAGAUAUACCCUUCAUCCGGCGUAUCGUCAGUCGCUCUGGAAUCGAGAGCGAUGAAGAGGCACUGGAGGCCAAGAGCGAGACCCCUGAACCCAAACCUGAAUAAAACAUCUGGACCCCGUCAUUCCCUCACAAACAUCAUAGACAGAAACUCAGAGAUGCUUUUUGUUUUGUUUUGUCUUAUUUUUCGUUUCAAUUUAGCGCCAUCGUGUAUUAAACUCCGUACGACGGUUCUCUCGACAAUCAAUAUUCACACAACUCGACUCAAACCCGAGGACCAAAUCUGUGUUUUCGUGUCUCGUGUAGGAUAGAAAUCAAAACGUGGAAUGUUAUUUUUCUACGGAGACGCUCGCGAUUCUGAAUCUUAUUUUUCUAGCUGACGUAAAAAGGAUGUGUAAAAAAUAACGGAUGAUAAAGUGAAGAAGAUGUAUGUGAAGGGGACCAAAGUGACACUGCUUUCUACUAAACUGUAUUUUAUUCAGAAGUUUUUAUAAUGGUGUAAGGACGAACAUAUUCGAUCAUGAUAUCACCUCUCUCUCUCUCUCUCUCUCUCUCUUGAGAUCUUUUCGAUGCUUUUGGGCUUAACACACACUUAAGAGACAUUUAGUACACCAGCACAGAUAAUACAGAUAAAGCUUGUGUCUCUUUGUUCCGAGCGGUAACAUGUAUUGGAUGUAUUUUUAGUGCACUGGUGGGAAAGAUUGAAGGAAUGUCGCGGCACUAUAGCCUUAAAUUCUCGUCUUUAACGUGUUUGGCUCUUGUGCUUUAUGAAGGUGAAGGGCUCGAGCUUUUCUUUAUUUCAAACACACACACAGUUAACUCUGAGCAGAUCGGUGCGGGACGGGCUCACGCUGGUGGGUUUCCAUGGCUACCUCUCAGAUCCUGACGUUUAACACUCGCUGACAUCAUAACUGAUGCCUCGCUCUCAUCACAAGUGCUCAGUUUCUGCUCAUCUGAGGAGACGUGAGAGAGAUCUGCUGUUAUAUUUCAAUGGUUGAUGAACGUCUCUCUCACCGUCUCGUAAUUAAAACUUUAUGAUUUAUUCUCUCUCCGUAGCUCAUCGAUGAUAUCUGGAGAUUUGUCAUAAACUGACUGGUUAUAAUUGCAAUAAAAAGGCUUUUUUAAAAUGGC